AUGGAGGGUCCGCUGGGGACCAGGGAUGACCUUGCCCGCCUCCUCGUCGGCGUCGUGGUGCGGGGCCUGUUGCAGGCAGGCCUCCGCGGCGUCUUGGUGAGUGGCAGCGUACCCCUGGAGAAGAGGUUCCUCGAUGAGAAGGACCUCGACCUGCAGAGCUACGCGGAAAAGAACAUUUUUUUUGUGAAGAGCGCGCCACACGCAUGGCUUUUCCCGCGGUGCUCGCUGGUGGUCCAUCAUGGCGGUAUCGGUACUGUGGGGGCCGCUCUGCGAGCCGGAUUGCCGUCGGUAACGCUGCUGAAGGUAGCAAUCCGAGACCAGGUGUGGAAUGCCCACAUUCUGCAGUCGAUCGGGUGCGGCCUCGCUCUGCACGACAACGAGCUUCUCGGCUCCGCCAUCACCUGGUGCUCGACCUCGGAGGCGAUGAGGGACAAGUGCGCCGCAAUGCGGCACCGGCUGGAGGAGGAGGACGGCGCCGCCGCCACGGUGGCCUCGAUCGAGCGCUUCAUGCGGGAGGACGUCGACUCUGGCGCGUGGCGGGAGGCGCUGGACGCCCACCUGGCAGAGAAGCGGCAGGCGCUCGAGAGCCUCCGGGAGCGCGGGGGCAAGCCCUGCGCCAACCUCGCGGUCUGCGGCCUCUGCGCCACCUGGCACUCCGAGUGGUGCUGCGCGGCCUGCUCCUGGGGCCAGGGCCACGGCCCCAAGUGCGACAGGGAGCCCCUCGUGCCGGUCGAGAAGCCCGAGGAGGAGGCGGCGGCGGGCGCCGACGAGCCUCCGGGCCCGUCUGGCGGGUAG